CGUGUACCCAAGAAAAAUAGAGUAUAAAUUGCAGAAUUGUGCUAGCAAAUUGAUAUAUUUCCAACGUAGCUCCUCCAGACAGUGCGAAUCAAUCUAUCAGGAUGGUUUUGAUGACAAUGAUAGGCCGUGUUAUAGACGGCUUACCCCUCGCAGCCUCGAUGCAAAGCGACCAAGACAAUACCAAGGACUACCAAGCACAGGCUAAGUUGCUGUUCAGAAAGCUCACAGAUCACUCGCCAGCAAGAAGUAGUAUUGAAACUGGGCCAAUGAUGUUUCAUUACAUUAUGGAAAAUGGGGUGUGUUUCUUGACACUAACAGAAAAGACUUUCUCAAAGAGAGCAGCAUUUAGUUUUCUUGAAGAACUAUCUUCUGAGUUUCACAGGGAAUUUGGUUCCAAAGUAGCCACAGCAACCAGACCCUACUCCUUCAUUGAGUUUGAUACAUUUAUUCAAAAGGCAAGAAAAAACUAUCAAGAUUCAAGAACAAGAAGAAAUCUAAACAGAUUAAAUGAUGAACUCCAAGAUGUACAGCGAAUCAUGGUUCAAAAUAUUGAUGAUGUUCUUCAAAGAGGGGAACAACUUUCAGUGCUGGAUGACAAGGCAGGAAAUUUACGGUUCCAGUCAGAAAAAUACAAGAAAGAUGCAACAUACCUAAAUCUUCGCUCUGCCUAUGCCAAAUAUGCUGCUGUAGGAACAAUUUUUGUUGUGCUAUUAAUCUAUGUUCGAUUCUGGUGGUUUUGAGAAAUUAUUAGAGACUUGUUUCAUGACAUAAAAUGUAAAAAUAAUAUAACUAUAUUAUAAUUACCAGUGGAAUUAAACCUGCUAACUAUUUCUAUGAAAUAGCAGUUAGCUCGGUAAAACAUACAAAAUUUUACAUAUUGCUCUAUCCCAUGAAUUGUGCUCUUCUUGUUUUUCAUUUAACUCUAUUUAACACCAGUACUAGUAAAUUGCAUUCUAAUGGUCAGAACAUUUUACCAAUGUAAUGCCAUCAAACUAAUCUCAGUAUUAUACUGGUUCCUGUUCAUUGCAAUACCAAACUGUCUCCAUGGUAACCUUUUGCCCCAUCUAGUCUAAGUGAUUCUCCUUUCUGGCUGUUUAAUUACACCAAAUUGCACAAGAAAUCAUGUUGUUACUUGUUAAUAAUUUACAUGAAAAAAGCAUCACAGAAAGUCAAAACAUGUCACAUGAAAAUGCACUCAUUUUCAGCCAAUCAGACAUGCGUUCCUUUUUCAUGUACAUUCAGUUGGAAGUGAUUUAAUUGAUUGAUCAGCUUUACUUCACCAGUCCUAUGUACUCUUAUUCUUUAAUGUUGUAAUAGAAAGUUUGUAUUAUUUUUCCUUUGUCUUGAACUGUCUUACUAAUAGGAAUUAGGCCAUACAGGGAGAAAAAUCAAAAUGCAGAAAAAAAAAUAGCCCACAGAAAAAUUCCUUCUCAGUUUGAGAAAUGUUUUUCUCACUCUACAAACAUUUAGAUGUCACUCCCUGUAUCCCUAGUGUUGGUGGUUCUUUACUGCUACACUGGCUCACCCCCAGUUGUGUUAACUGACACACAACAUAUAGGAACAAUUUGCAACUACCUUUUACCUAUCUGCUAAAUGUCAUACAGGAUAUCUCAGAGUGAGUCAGAGCAAACAGACUGUCUUUUACUCUGUGUUAUAAAGGAGAAAACUUCAUUUGGAAGAAGUUAUAAAAAAAUACUAUUUCAGGUUUUUGUUUCAUAUGACAUCACAGAGAAUCAAUAUUACAUUUUAAUAAAAAUGUGUAGAAUUUAAAUGA